AUGCCCUUCCUCUUGGACGAGCUUGAAUUCAAUGGACUCAGAUUUGUCAUUUUCCCUCUGCUUUCUAUCGGAUACAUUUCCUGGUUCUACAACGUCCAUGAGAUGCUGGAUUAUCUCGUACAGAUAUUUAAGUUCUGUCAUGAUAACUUGAUUGUACAUCUCGUACGUGCUAUACCACUGGUGGUCUAUAUCCUACACAUGUAA